AUGGACAGCAUGAUAUCCACACAAAAACAAAAGAUGCCCAAACAAACAGAUGAUGAAUGGACGUUUGAGAUUUCUAUGAGUGUUGGUCUUCACUUCAGUGUUGCUCAUAGUAGCUUGAGAGCUUUGGAGAAAACAAUUUGCAGCGCUCCUUUCUUGAGGGCCUCCUCUGGGUUUGCUGCUACUAAACCAUUUCGCAUCCUUAGCGGCAGAAGAUUGACAUCUUCUGGGACUACAAUUAUCCCUCGAGCAGCACCUGUUACUGAUGUGGAGGAUGCAAAUCAAGGCGAGACUGAGACCAUUCCAACUCCCAUAGUUAUAAUUGACCAAGACUCUGAUCCAGAUGCAACCGUGGUGGAGAUAACUUUUGGUGAUCGGCUUGGGGCACUUCUUGACACAAUGAAUGCAUUAAAAAACUUAGGUCUCAAUGUUGUUAAGGCAAAUGUCUUUCUGGAUUCAUCUGGCAAGCACAACAAGUUUUCCAUCACAAAAGCUGAUACUGGCAGAAAAGUGGAAGAUCCAGAGUUGUUAGAGGCAAUUCGUUUGACAAUUAUAAAUAAUCUUAUUCAAUACCAUCCGGAGUCAAGUUCCCUCUUAGCAUUGGGAGCAGCUUUUGGACUUUUGCCUCCAAAAGAGCAGGUUGAUGUAGACAUAGCAACCCACAUAAACAUUUCUGAUGAGGGCCCAGAUCGAAGUUUGCUGUAUGUUGAGACUGCUGACCGGCCUGGAUUAUUGGUUGAUCUUGUAAAAAUUAUUACUGACAUAAACAUUGAUGUUGAAUCAGGAGAAUUUGACACUGAGGGGCUCUUGGCUAAGGCAAAGUUUCAUGUCAGCUACAAUGGUAAAGCUAUCAUCAAGCCUCUGCAGCAGGUUCUUGCUAACAGCUUGAGAUAUUUCUUGAGGCGUCCGACAACUGAGGAAUCUAGUUUUUGA